AUGGAAAACUCUCGUGUGGAUGAGUUGCUCAAAUCAUUGGAGCUUCUUCAGCAAUCCAUCAAAACUCUUCAUCAGUAUCGAGAAGCGCAGUCCAAUCCGGUUCAGCGUCCUCGCCCAUCGAGUGUUGACUGGCCCGCCUCCACUCUUCAAAGAGUUGCCACCAUCUCCAACGCACCUCCUCAGUCUGCCGUCACUACAUCCGCUCGCCGGCUCACAAAUGAGUCUCCGAGAUCACGACCAACACUCAUCAAUGAUGGAAUCCCAAAGAGAGAACACUCCCCCGACUUUCUCACCUUGACCAGUCCGCCUGCCUCCCGCAGCAGCAGCUCGCAAUCGACGCCGUCCUGUGUCAUAGAGGCAUUGCCUAGCAUAGAGAAGACCGAGGAAGAGCUCGUCUCACAUCUCCAAUCCAUUAAAUCAACCGAAGAUGGAUCCACAUCAGGCACCAUAAUUGCCCUGGCAGACGCAUGGGAGAGGAGGGACGAGUUGACACCCGCCAACCUGCUCACAUCGUUCGAGACAGGAGAGGGCACCAAAUAUGAACACACCAGCUAUCAGAUAUAUGAGGUCGAUAGAGACGGCGUGCCCACUCAGAUACGUCCACUUUGUCUUGUAAAAGGCUCAGCCUGUCCCAAUCAUGGGGACGAGAACGGAGAUAAUAGAGACAUAUCCGUCUGGCCCGUUCUGAAGACUAUCAACGCCGACGGGAACGCCGUCGGUAGGAUAUCAAUUCUCCAAGAACCCACCCCCGUCAUGCUCGCCGCCACCCAUCUCACCAUGAAAGACCACUUCGACAUGGACGAGCUCCUCUCCCACCUCGUCACCACCGCCGGCAACAAAGGCAAAACCAAAGCCUACCUCAACCGCUCCAUCGAGCCCACUCCCCUCCGUCAGCGCUCCUUCUUUUUUGUCUUCAAAUACUACACCAUCAUCGCCUCGGGCCACCCCCCCACCCCCUGGCAACCCUUUGAUCCCCGCCCAUUAGACCACCGCUCGCCGGAUCACAUAGACAUAACCGAAUGCUCCUCCAUCCUCGCCCUCUCCCUCUCCGGGCCCGUCUCCUCCCAGGUCAAAGUGCGGGCAAAACGCAAGACCAAGUCGGGGAACCUGUACAGCACCUUUGCCCCCUGGCAUUUGGUCAACAUCCAGUACUUUCCCGACGACCACCACUCCCCCUUCCCCACCAUCCGCUCCGACGGCACGCAGAAACACUUUCUCAACGGGCCGCACGCGUUUUUGGAUGCUUUGAGGCUGGAAUACCGCGACGCGAUCAAGCGCUACACCGAACUGAACGAGUCGAUAACAAAACUGAUCACGCCCCCGAAUCAGUUCAUGUUUGACGUCCGGCUUCGGGACAAGCUCCUGUUUGAAGACUCGCACUUUACCUACUCGCGGCGGUAUUUCUGGGCGUAUAACACGCUGGGGGUUAUCAAUGAAGGCAUCAAAUCCAUGAGCGCGGCGUACGUGAAUAACUUCACGAGGGAUUUUUGGGAGGGGAGACACCCGACGCUGUGGCCUUGUGCCAGCAAUGGCGGCGACUACCUGGGCAAACUGGAUAUUCUGCGUCAGGACCUGGAGCAGGCGGUUUCGGAGCUGAAGGUGGUGUAUGAUAGGAAUGAGGCCACGAGGACAGAGAUUAGGAGUCUGAGGGAGCAGUUGUUCAGUGGGAGUUCGGUCAAGGAGAGCAGGAGGGCUAUCGAGCAGGGGAAGAAUAUCAAGAUACUGACGAGCGUGUCGAUGGUCUUUUUGCCGUUGACGUUUGUGGUUGGGGUGUUUAGUAUCACGACGUUGGAGAUUGAGCCGGAGGAUUGGAGGUUUGGGGUUACGCUUGUUGGGGUGUGUGUACCGUUUUUGUGCUGAUUCUGGUGUUGCAGAGUAUGGAUAGUGUG